UCCUCCGCCGCGGAAGGCCUCCCCGUCCACCAGGCGCCAAGCCGGCGGCCCCGAAUCCGGCUAGGGUGUGUGGAGCGGAGACUCCUCAGCGAGGGGCGGCUGGGGACGCCAGCUACUCGAGAUGAGGAGGAGAGCGGGGCCGGGGCACAGCGGCCGUGUCCCCGGGGGGUGAGCGCCCGCCGCCACCACUUCCGGACCCCCGGGUCUGGGCUAUGCGUGCGCCGCGAGCGGGAGGCGUUUGCAGUCGCGGGCCUGAGGCAACGCUGGCUCGCUUUUGAGUGGCUUGAGAGUGAAGAAGCCCCAAAAUGGAGGACUUUUCUACCAGGACCUACGGCACCAGUGGCCUAGACAACAGACCUCUGUUCGGGGAGACGUCAGCCAAGGACCGAAUCAUCAAUUUAGUUGUUGGCAGCUUAACAUCUUUACUGAUUCUAGUAACGCUGAUCAGUGCUUUUGUUUUCCCUCAACUACCUCCAAAACCGUUGAAUAUAUUUUUUGCUGUCUGCAUCUCUUUGAGUAGUAUUACUGCCUGCAUACUUAUCUACUGGUAUCAACAAGGAGACUUAGAACCGAAAUUUAGAAAGCUUAUUUACUAUAUCAUAUUUUCUAUCGUCAUGUUAUGUAUAUGUGCGAACCUGUAUUUCCAUGAUGUGGGAAGGUGAGGCUGCCAAGGAGAAAAUACUUACCAGGACUCUUCAAAAUGGUUUAUUUAGGACAGUGAAUUGUUGGAUAAGGGAUGCUGAAGAAUCUUCCUGCCAGAAGUCUGAUACGUGACUUUCACGUUAAUUGUAAAUCUGAAUUCCCUUUUGUGAGGGAGACAGAUCACUUUGCUUUUUCUUUGAGGAGUUGAUGUUGCACUUAAAACAUUACAACCCUUAAAGUUCAAACAGCAGAAGUAAUUUUCACUUUUAAAAUUAAAAUUUUUAAAAAUGUAAUUGCAUGGCAGAAGGCUGUGUAACAAACAAAAUCUUGCAUUUUAAGACAAAUAUUCUUUUAUUUCUGUUAAACUGAAUAUACAAUUAUUGUUCCCUAGGCAACCAACUUUUGCUUAUAAGUUCAAGGUAACAAAACAGACAGUGAAAAGACAAUUGAUUGUGAAGAUCUAAUUACAACAAUAAAUAAAAUAACUUAUA